AGCGCGCGUGCGCGUUCACGGCCUGAAAACCAGCCCCUCGAGCCGCUGUCGCGGGAACGGCAGAGCUGCCCGCCCGCCUCAGCCAGCCAGCCAGCCAGUCAGUCAGUCAGGCAGCCCUGAGGAGGGAGGAAGGGAAGGCGAGGGAGCGGGCGGGAUUAUUAUGGGCUGUGGGUGCCGCCGCCGUCGCCGCCGCUGCUGCUGCUGCUGAGGCUGAGCAAAGAUGGAGCUCUCUGCAGUGGGCGAGCGGGUCUUCGCGGCCGAAUCCAUCAUCAAGCGGCGGAUCCGAAAGGGACGCAUCGAAUACCUGGUGAAAUGGAAAGGCUGGGCCAUCAAGUACAGCACUUGGGAACCUGAAGAGAACAUCCUGGAUUCCCGUCUGAUUGCAGCCUUCGAGCAAAAGGAACGUGAACGUGAGCUGUAUGGACCGAAGAAGAGAGGACCGAAGCCUAAAACUUUUCUGCUGAAGGCUCGGGCCCAGGCGGAGGCCCUACACAUUGGGGAUGUACAUUUUUCUGUCAAGCCUGGUUCUAGCACAUCUUCACCUAAACUUCACUCGAGUGCUGCUGUGCAUCGGCUCAAGAAGGACAUCCGGCGAUGCCACCGUAUGUCUCGGCGCCCUUUGCCCCGCCCAGAUCCCCAGAAUAGUGGAGUAGGUGGGGGCACUGGCAUCCGCCCUCCGGUAUCUCCCUUUUCAGAGACCGUCCGUAUCAUCAACCGCAAGGUGAAGCCUCGUGAGCCUAAGCGCAGCCGCAUCAUUCUCAACCUGAAGGUCAUUGAUAAAGGUGGAAAAGCUGGUGGGGGAGGAAGCUUGGCACGGCCCAAGAUUCCUUCGCGCAACCGUGUAAUUGGCAAGAGCAAGAAGUUCAGUGAGAGCAUGCUUCGCAAUCAGAUCCGUCACAUGAAAUUUGGAGGCUUUCCUCUGUACAACAAGUCAUCUACUCCAUCUCCAUCCUUGGAGGGCAAGACAGAGGCAGGAGGCUCUCAAGGUGCCUCAUGUGGCCUCAUGGGCUCUGCUGCCUAUGAUGCCCGCAGUUCCAGCUCCUCUGACUGCCCAUCACCAGCUCCACACUCCUCAUCUGAUCCUGAUGAUUCUCCACCAAAGCUGCUUCCUGAGACAUUAAGUCCUGCCAUUCCUGACUGGCGUGAGUCAGAGGUCCUUGAUCUGUCAAUUCCACCUGAGUCAGCAGCCACCAGCAAACGGUCUCCUUCUAGAGGAGGCAGUGGGGGUCAGAUGCCAUCAUCUCCAUCCUCUUCUGAUCCAGAGCAGGAGGCUGGUGAUUGGCGCCCUGAAAUGUCCCCUUGCUCUAACGUGGUGGUCACUGAUGUCACCAGCAACCUCCUGACAGUCACCAUCAAAGAAUUCUGCAAUGCAGAGGAUUUUGAGAAGGUGGCAGCAGCUGGAGGUGGUGGUGGAGGCAGUAAAUGAAAGGCUGAAUUCCUCUUUCAUUGGGGUUGUGGGAGGGGGAUGGGACAGGGAGGCUGUACUGCAAGAACAUGCAUGGUGUGAAUGCCUGUUUUUUCCUUUCCUCCUCAUCCAUUCUUUCUCUUUUUGCUUGGAAGUUAAAGUGGUGUUAGAGGGGAAUAGAUGUAUUUGAAAUUCCCAAAUAUCACAGCUGCUAGGGUUUACAACGGGAUAUGUUUCCCCUUUUGUCUUCAAGGAUUAUGAUGCACUGAUUUGGAGGUUGGCAAAUAAGAACUUGAGUGGAUGUUUAAAUGAGGGUUUAUUUUUUUCCCUCCAUUCUCUUUAAUGAAAAAUGAGAUCCUUUGGCCAAAUACAAAGAUGAGCUUGUACCCCAGGUUUUCAAUUUUGUGCAGCUCUAUCCAUGUCACAUUUCUCCUAUAUCUGUGGCUUGGGUAAGAUGGCUCAUAUUGACCAUGCCCUAGGAAGAAUAAACAUUUAUGCAGAAGGGAGGGGCCGCUACCAAAGUUUUAGGUGGAUGUGUGUGUCUUAAACUUUCAGUGUGCUCCUUCACAUUCUUCCUUUUUGUGUAUAUUAGAGGUGCUAACUUGGUUCAUGUGACCAUUUCCAGGGGGGAGGGGGGAGCCAUGUUAGUCUGUUGCAGCAAAAGCAUUUCAAAGACAUACACAUUUAUUAUGGCAUAUGCUUUGUGGGCUGUAGUGCACUAAAGCAGUUGAUUAGGUGUUAAGGUGUCACAGGGGUCUCAGUAAUUUUGGGAGCCUUUGUAGUCAGCCUGGGUGUAUUCCCCUCGCAUCCCCCUCCCAUCUGCUUUGAACUAUUUCUCUGUCUAGUGUACACUGCAUGGUUUUUGGUCAAGCCAGAGCUGCUUCAGACUUAUUAAGUCACCAGUUUUGUCCUGUCUUGUCUGCUGCUCUUCCUUCCCUUUCCUUAUAUCUGAGGCAUCUGAGUCCCACUUCUGAAACCUACUAACUGUAAAAAAAAAGAAAAAAAAAGAGAGGAACUCCAUGUCUGCCUAGUAUGGGAGAGAUGGAAAUGUUGUGCAGUGGUAUGAAACCCACCAAUCUUAUUUUGAUUUGGUAAAUAUAAUUCAAUUAUCCUUCCAAAAGGUAAAAAGUAUUUGCUACUUAUGUUUUUCCUCAUCUACAUUCAAGUGAGAUGGGAGAAUGUUCCCAUCUUCAGUUCCCAGGGUCUCAGUCUGCCUCUACUGUUGCCAACCAAAGGUGCUAAGAACCUAUUGUAAAUUCUUCUGUGUUUCUUAGCUCUUGGUAUGUAUGUGUGGCAUGCAUUUGCAGUGUAUGUUUGCCUCUCCUUCCUAUCUACCUGUCCACAACACUUUGUUUUUUAUGAAUUCAUUCUGAUGAAACCUUAAUACCUUGUCUUGAAAGCUAGUAAAAAUGUGGCUGCUUUUGCUAUCUUCCCACCACUGCCCAUAAGCUAAUAAUAACUAUGAACUAAUAUAAUGAUGUCCAAGAGUCAUUGCAGAGAUAAAGUCAUUUCUGCAACCUCCUGUUUCAUGGUUUUUCUGUCAAUUUAUGUUCCACAACUUCCCUUCUCCUCCUUAUGUGCCUCUGUUUUGUUUCCAGUGGCGCGCACGUGUGUGUAGUGUUGCCUGUCAUACUAUUGGUAAACUUUGUUACACUGUGGAGAGAAGGGAUGUUUUUGAGUUGAUGAUCUUUUAAGGGCUUGUCUGCAUGCAAUGCUGUCAUUGAAAUAACUAAAUCCAGUACUUAAUGGCAUCUCUCUUCCCUGUAUUCCUGUGUUAAGCUUUCUACUUCCAAGGGCUUGCUUAGUGUGCUCUUUCAUUUUAUUUUUGUUUUUUAAGUUGAAUUAUUUAUCAUUUCAUGUAAGUAUUGCAACUAUUGUGAUUUUUGCUUGAUUGACAGGUUUUUAACAAGUGGGGUGCUUUGACCUCUUCAGUAUUUUACAUUAGGAAAGAUUUCCUCUUCUUUCUCUCCUAACCCUUCUGUCUUUGAAAGCUGCUCCACCUUUCUUCAUCAGCUUCAUCCACUUGGCUACAUCUGUGCUUUAGAAGAAACUAGGCACAGGUUUUAUUGCCAGAUAGAGAAUUGAAAGGUGAUGCGUAGUGAUCCCUUAUUAAUAAGCUUAUAUGAGUGUCUAUAGAUAGGGAUGCCUACCAAAAACAAAAUGUAUACUGUUAAACAAUGUGAUUGUCUGUGACAGUUUGAGUGUAGUUAAUAGUUAAGACAUAUGAUUCAAAAUGUUGCUGUCCUUUUUCUUACCAUGCAACAUCUUUUGUGUCUUUUAAAAACUAUUUCAAAACCAGAGAAAUUUACACAGGGUGCAAGGUUAUGUACUUCUGCACUUCUUCCACUUAUAUACAAAUUCAAGGCUUUCUUCAAUUCCACAGGUGCAUAUUUUGAAACAGCUGUUUGUUGCUUUCAUGGGUUCAGUGAAACAGGCUAUAUCAUUGCUUUGCCUCAAAAGAAGUGGGAGGCUUUUUCAUGGGAGUUUAUUUUAAUGGCUGUAGCUUCAAAUGUGGGUGGGCUGGGCUGGGCUGGGCUGAGGGUAAAGAUGUAUAAUGGUGGGUAAGCAGGGAGACUUGUAUUAAAGAAAAGACUUUAAAGGAGAAAAAUAGAAUUAUUUUAUGAAGCUGCAAGAGAGGAAUUAUUAUACUGGAUGGGUGCAUACUAGUCAAUCAUGUUUUGAGAUUGCUUGGUAUGUUUGUGUGGUGUUUUGUUUUGAAAUUUGUCUAAUAUUUGAAGAGGUAGAUGGAAAAUAUAAAGGGAAUUUUAAUAGGAAAUUCUUCAGAUAUUUUAGCACAUGUUCUCUUGGCUGAUUUCCUCCAUCCCCCUUCCUCAAGUCUCUUGCCACUUUGGCUUCUGUGGGUGUCCAUAGAGUAGGUCUUUUGCCUUCCUUACAUAUUUUGUAAAACUGUUGCCCUUUAGAAGCUGACUUCUAAAUGUACCUUUCAAGGGCAUCAGGCUGAUUGUUUUUGUUCAUCCUGUCAGUGUUGUAAAAAGGAUAGAGCAGAGCACUAGCAGAGUUCAUCCUUAAAAGAGAGAUGGUAUAGUGAAAAUAGUGCAGGAUAAGGAAGAAGUGGCUUCACAUGGUAUGGCAAAGACAAUUUCCCAUUUGUCCCUCAUGACCACUUUAACAAGAGGGUGGGGCACACAUUUUGGAGGGAUGUUCAGGAGGUGCAUUUGGCUAAAAGCACUGGGUAUGUGUUGAUUGUGUGUCUUCAGACUUGUGGUUUCCUCUACGUAUUAGUGUUUCCUAGUAUUAUACAUGAUAAAUGAACAGGAAAGCAUCUUUCCCAUAAUAUGUGAAGCAGCCUCUGUGUGAAAGAGGACUGUCCAUCUGCUAGUAGAAGCCUUAGCCUUUUAGGACUCAAAUCACAAUGCUUGAAUUAAAAAUGGUUACGCACAUAGUAACUCCUGCAUUGCCAUGGUGACACUACAGGAAAUGCAUCAAAAUGUCUGUAACUUCAGGCAUUCAGUGCAAUUGUGGCUGAUGAGCUGCCAUCAUUUCUGAUCCUUCUUGCCCACCUGUUUGUAGCAGCUAGUGGAAUUUGUUGGUAGUUCCUGCCUGGCUCAUAGCUGUCAUGUGCUGAUUCAACUACAGCUGAGAUUUCUGUCAAGAAGCACCCUAAAGGGUUUUCCCUGAGGUGAAGGCAAGUUAAGAGCUAUUCCCUGGCAGGUUGAUAUUGAGGAGCCAGUUGAGUAGAGCAGAGCCUGGUGCUGUGCCGAUAGUGGCUGCAUUUUCUGUAUCCUUGUUACCAGGUGACUGUGUCAUAAUGAUCAGGCUACAGAUGUGGGCUUGAAUAAAUUAUUCUGCAGUUAUGGGAUACUUGAGUCUGCAUAGCAUCAGGAGCCACUCUGAUCACAAAUAAAAGUCUGCUAUUUUGACUGUGAGUUCAGCUGUUUUGCAAUUUACAGCCCCAGCCCCUAAUUAACUUUGCUGGAAGUUCGUUACUGUGAGGGUUGUAUCAGCCUGGCAGCUCAUUUGCUCCAAAAGACUUGAACAUUUUCCUUUCUCCAGGGGUAUUAUUACUCUUGAGGGGAAGGAUUGGUGUGUGCUGUGCUGAAAUGCAAGGUUGGUUCUUUUUGCUUUAGAAUUUUCCCAUUUGGCCUACACAUUCCAAAAGCAAAUUGUGCUGAUCUUUCCUGUUAAGUGGCAACCAUGGCCCCUACCACAGUACAGCCACUAGAGGGUGACAGAGAGCUAUCAUAAUUUAGUGACUUGCGCUAUGGCAGGUUUUCUUGAAUUUCUAUAAAUAUUUCUGCUUGUGAUAGAGGAUUAGAGACAUUCUGUACACACACUUUGUUCAAAGAUGGCAUACGAAUUGUGUGUGGGGAAACCAGGGGAAUAGUCUUUGUCUGUGCCAUGUUUGUUGUCCUUCGUUUUUAGAGAAGAGAGUUUGAUGAAAGGGGGGAGGGGGAAGAAAAGCCUAGUUUUGCAAAAAAAAAGAAAAGAAAAAAAGAAAAAAAGGAAAAGUUUUUUGUAAAAAAAAGUAAUGAGAUUUUUACUGACAGAGGAGGAUAGAGAAUUUAAAACUAUUAAAUGCAGUGAUUGCACAAACUGUAGUGAUAUUAGCUGGUCCUUAAAGAGAGUAUUUUUAGUAUUAGUGUGUGAUAGGGAGGGUGGUAUUCAGAUCAUUCAAACUGGGUAAGCAAAGAGUGUGAGAAGAGCAGCCAUUUCAGAGCAGAGGAAGCAAAUCUGUAUCUUAGAAAAAUGUAUUUUUCUUCUCUCUGCUACCCUUAACUUGAGAGGUGAGGGAGAAUGCCUGCCUGCCCUCCCUCCCUAGAUACAAUAGAGCCAGAGUUUAGCCUCAUUCUGUCAAAGCUUUGUCAGAUGGGUUAUAUGGCAUUUUAUUAUUAACUUGCUAGUGCAGGUUAAGAGUGUGGACAUCAUGAUAACCUCUGAGGUGAGACCUACUGAAUUAUAUGGAACAUGUUGCUGCUUUGUGGCUGUUCAGUAAGAUCUAGGAUCUCUGACAAGCAAGAAGCAUGUGUUAGGCAGCUAUGGAGCAAAGAAGCUAGAAAGUGCUUUUAUUCAUCAACAGGUCAGUUUCAGUGCUUACUUGGAUCAGCAUUCAAAAAAUGCCUUUAACCAAACUCACUCUACAUCCUCCACAUCCAUGUAUCAGCCUUUCUAGGUCAGGAGAAAAGAUAAGGCUUUUCCAAAGAUAGCAAACAUUCAAUUAAAACUAGUAGUUUGGCCUGCAGUUGUUGCUUUCCUUCUUGCCCCAGAGAGAUGCAGGAGAAAGCAGCAAGGGAGACCUUCCAGAUUAAUGUGUUAGAGGAAGGGUUCUUGUUUUCUUCAUGCAUGAAAAAGAGCAUGUGGCCUGAGACAGCUGGUGUAAAUACUGCCCAAAGUUACCUAUGUGUGCUGAUUAGAAGCAAAUAGCUUAAUGUUCUUUCUCCUGAUUCAAACAAGCUUAACAUGAGCAAGUAAGAGUUUGCUUAUUACUUGCGCCUAUGCCAUCUGGGAAAUGUCCCCAUUUCAUUUUGAGAUGAUGUCUUCAACCUUAUCAGGAAAUCCCUGUAAUCCAGAUGUGUUGAAUGCUUUGCAAGCUAUUUGGGUGCAGCUCAAACAAUUUCCUGAUGUUUAUAGAGUUCAGAUUGGAGCAAGGGGGAUGAAGGACAGCAGUUGUUAAUGGAGCAAGAAAGUACCCUACUCCUCUGUAUGCAGUAUUCUUUAGUUUCUGUGGAAAUAACUUUCUGGAAUGCAAAAUUGCAUCUUUGCUUCCAUGUUCUUAAUUGUUUACUGCUAGCAGCAAGGCAGAGGUGAAAGGGCAAUUCAACAUUAGGGAGGAAUAUUAAAUUUAUCUCCAAGAAAGCAAAGCCCUUACUAGAGGAAUGUUCAGGUUUGGGCAGAGUUUGCUUUUUUAUCUGUUUACUAUUAGGGGAACUCUUUUUUCUCAUCUAUUCUUUAUUCAUUGAACUAUGAUAUCCUCAUUCAGUGGUACUUCCAGCCUGUGUUCCUUUGUGUGCCCACCUGUAUUUUAUAAAUGACUGUUGAUAGCUAUGCUAAUAUCUACAGGGAGUGGGCAGUAUACAAGUACAACAAACCAGAUUUGUGAUUUUGGGUACAGUUGCUCAAAUACUACGCCUCUCAUCUCUGAAAAAGAAUUUGCAUUUCUUGCUCAAUAAAUUAGACCUCUAGAGACGAAGAAAGGGUGUCCUGUCUGUAAUCCUACCUCCAUUAUAAAAUGAGUGUUAUCUGAGCUGAAUAUCCUAGUCAACAAGGACCCAUUUUUGGCCUUUUGUGUUUUGCAGAGGAUCAGUUGCUUUGCAACAUUCUCUGCAUUUCACCUCCUAUGUGGCUUGUGGCUGUAUGAGCAAUCAACUCUUUGGGCAGCUGAGAUGGAAGAGGAAAGUAAAUAGGAUAAGUGCCAGAUACUGUCUCUGCUGAAGAAUUGUUGGGAGGUAUCCCUUGAACCUAGCAGGUAUAGAAUUCCUUUUAGGGCUUUAGUAAGGGACGGUAAUAGACCUGGAAUGGAUUUACUAUUAAGUGCUCAAGCCCCUCUGUAUGAGCCUUCAUGUUGCUAUUGUCUGUUCCCUCCCUGCCUCUGGUCCUGAGGCCUUGCACUGUUUUGUCUGGUGCAUCCUGUGCUCCAGUGUUGCUUGCUUUGCUGCUUUUUUUCCCUGUCCACUUAUGGUGCAAGGGUAGGAUCUUACUUUCUUUUUAUUAUACGUAUAUGAACUUUGUGUGUAUAUUUUAUAUGUAUAAAUAACUUGCCACUGUGCUUUGUGUUAAACAAAGACAGCAUUGGCCAGUAGCAGGACCAUAAUGCUGAGAAUUAGGAAAGCCUGAAUGUUGAGAUCCACAGGCCACUUAGUUUCUUUUUGGAAAUUUCCUGUUCCCCAGCUAAAACAGGGAGGAAGUGGUGGUGAUGCAGAGUGGGGAGGCUGCUGUUGUAAAGCUGUUUUCAGGGUUUGGGAGCAGCCUUGACUAUAUUCUCUCCUAAUACGUUCCCAGUAGAUAUGCUAGUUUUUAACUAGUUCAGGUUUUGAGAACCCACAGAAAUCACGCUUGGAGUUGAUGUAUCCUCCUUCCCCAUGUGAUUGGUUCUCCAAGUUGAUGCAAGAAGAACAGCCCUGACUUACUUUCAGUCUCCUCCCCUACUCUCUGUCCUGACCCACUUCAUAGUUCCACCGCUUUUAUUGGCAUAGAGAUGAUUGUCCAGAUUCCUUCCACGUGGUUAAGUGCAUGACCUAAGAACAGCAUAUGAAGCACCUUAUAUUUUUCUUGGUCCCUCCAGCCCUGUAUUUGCUAUUCUUUGGCUUUGAGAGACAUAUCUUUCCCAUCCUUAAUAGGAGAUGCUAGGGAAUGAGUCUGGGCCCUUUUGACCUGUAAAAGAUGUGGUUUGUUUUACCACUGAGCUGUGAUCCCUUCCCAAAGUAAUUUUUCUGCCCUUAACCAUGUUCUGAAUGAUUAGUUGCCUUAUCAGUUUCCUUUCUAUUUCACUUGAGAGAGUCAACCAAAGGAUUUUCCAAGAAACUGAGAAGGGGUAGGUAUGAAACUGAUGUACAUGUAUGUAUUCAGACAUGGCAUCAUUACAGAUUGAAGGACCAGGGCUAUAUAGAUUCUGUAAGGGUAGAAUUUUAAUAUAGGUUUUUGAAUUUAGCAUAAGACUGUAUUCUUUCUCUUUUUGAACAUUGGAUUCCAACCUUAUGGCUGCACUGUUGCUCUUUCAGCUCCCAGUGGCAAACAAAAGUAGAAUAAAAUAUACCAAGUAAGUAAAUUAUGCAAAUGUAUUUAACUUGCAUAACUUAGGCAUACUGCAACUUUUGAUGAGGGCAAAGUCUAGAUGACCUUUUUGUAGAGUUAUUUAUAUAUGAAUAUUCUUAGAACCACAAAACAUGUUCUGUCUUCAUUAAAAUUUAAUUUGUGUCAAGGAAAAGGAACUUCUUAAUGAAAGUGAUGUGAUCUCAGGGCUGCUUCAUUACAUGAGACCUUACAAAGUUAGGCCAAUAGUUAUUUGCAUGAGGGGUGCAAAACCUCAGGAGUGGGAGUAAAAAUCCCACGUGAUCACACUCCUUCCCCCAGCUCCAUCCUUUUCUUUCCAACCACCAAUUGCUUGGUGGUCUUCCAUAUUUUGUGGAACAUUAUCCUCUAUUAAGAAAUGUUGAAAUGCCUUUCCUAAGGCUUAGUUACUUGCAGUAAGAGCUUUAUGCUUCACUGUGCUGGUAUUUUUACCCCAUUCCUUUUUCCUUCAGUGUUACCCAUAGCUGAAAUGUGGCCCCUGAAACUUUCUCCCAGACAGAAUUUGGACCUUGGGCUUAAAGGGGUUCUCCAUCCUAAUCCAUAUCAUAUUGCUACCUCCAUUGUUGGCUCUUGUUGCAUGCUACAUGUAUAAAUAGCACAGAAUCUAAAGAUUACACUAAUUGAUUACUCCUUGGGUUGACCGCCCUCAUGCCCCACUAUAGCAAGAAUUUACAGGGACUAGAGAGCUCAGGUUGGUCCCUCUGGUUUGUUAGAAUUCUAGGAUUUAUUUGGUUAUGUUGUCUAUUCCUUAAAUACCAGGUGGGUGGAAAGAAAAAUGUAUACAUUGUCUAAGGCUCCCAAGAGUUCUUUUCUUUACAAGGAAGGGGCACGGCCAAGAAGUGCUUAGACCUUGGUGACUCCCUGUCAAUCUAAUAUAUUCCCUAAGGGAUGCGCCAUAUCUGGCAUCAACCCAGAAGCAAUGCAGAUAGCGUUUGAACAGUCAUCACAUUCUUUGCUUGCAAGAGUGAAAGAAAGCUAUAGUGCUGUUUUACUUGCUUAGUAAAAUGGUAAAGGCAGCCGAAAUGGAGAAAAGAGGAGCAUGAUAUUCUUAACCAGAAAAUAGGUAUGUGUAGCACUAAAUGGAUAAGCAGAGCAACAGAAUAGAGGACUACAAAGGAGUAUAGAGAGUUGGCUACAGAUAUAAGCUGAAGGUCCUUUCCUCUAAUGGAAGGCAGAUCCUGUAUCCAACCCAAGAAAUGAAAGAACUGUCUUGUUUGCAAUAGGUAGUAAAAGAUAUUUUACAGAUUAACUUAAAUGUAACAUUCUGAAAACCCACACUUGUUUUGCAGAGCACUUAAAAAUGUUAGAAGCACAUGCUUUAAGUAACAUUUCAGCACUCAUAUUGGAGCCUUGAGUAUGAAGUAUCUUGCAAUUUUAAAUGGGGUCUCCUCUCAUAUUUUCUGCUGGACCCCAUAUUCAGUGUAUAUCCCAGGCUCUUAGAAAACCAGCUUUUCGUGCUGUUUUCAGCCACAAGAAUGAUGUGCAGGAAUUGACCUGUCAUUAAAGAGCAUAGCAGGAGUCUUUCGAUUGCCAUGUCUUGGAAAGAGUUAUAUGAAGUCAACACUUUUUUUUAACAUUCUUGAUCAUUGGAACACCAUGGGGAAACUCCAGUGUUGGAAAUACAGUACCCAGUCAUGUUGCUGUUGGACUGUUCCAUUGAACCAAGCAAAUAAGCACCAGUUCUACUGCUGCUUGUAGGUUUCAUGUGUGACCAGUGGUAGUUUGUCCUGUAGUGUUCAAUAGACACUUCUCUGUGGCAAGGUAGCUAUUCUUCUUAAGCUGGCAGUAAUGAGGUCAUUUUAAUUCUGAAGAUAUCUUUUCUUUGUAAGACCUGAAAUGCAAAUAAUGGGAAAAAUCAGUGAGCUGUAAAGGGAGGGUGGCAAAAUAUGUGAAUGUAUUGUGGGAUGAAUGGUACAGAGCCAAGUGGUUAUCAGAAAGUAGGAACUUCUUAAGGACAUCAAAUUUGCUUCAUGAUAGUUACUGCUGCCACCCUGGCAUAAAUAAUUCCAGCAGUGGUUUUACUGUAAUUCUGAUGCCUCCCCCGCCCCCCCCAAAAAAUAUCCAAACCACUUGAUAUUCUAUGUAGUUGUCCUUCUGUCACUUGUCUUGAAGAAGAACCUUUCACUUUCACAUAGAAAAUUGCAAGAUUGUACAGAAUUGGUGCUUGCUCCCUUUUUGCAUUCAACCUUGCAUUUGCCAAUGCCAGGCCUCAACCUUGCCAAAUCUGAUGCUGAUUCAUGAUAUGAUCACACAGAAGAUUAGUGAAGUUGAGACCCUUGUAUGAUAUAAGGGAGUUCUGUGUGAUACUAGCACUCACUCUGGCCUUACAGAACUUCAGAAUAUGAGUGCUUCAUUGAAAGCCUGUGCUUUUAACUUUUGCAAAGUUGAGGCUUUAUGCUAAAUUUGUGAAAGGGUGAGCCGAAGUUGUUGAGUUCUUGCCUCUUGGCAUACAAAAUAGGCUUUAAAAACCAAUUGCUAAAUAUAUAUCUGGUAACUUUUUUAUUUUGAAAAAAUGCAUUUAAUGAGACAAUUGUGCACGAAUGAAGUGUUAUCUAUUAUUAUUUUUGUCUUAUAAGUCUUCAUUAUUAAAUAUAGUGUUUGCAUUUGCUUGGUUGCUUUUAAAAUCCAGUUCUCAGCUGGCUAAACUGUCUAGGGUGGAUGUGUGGGAAGCAUAGUGGGUUGAGUGAUUGAAUUGCCCUUCCCACUGGCACUUCCAUCAGAAAAGUGGCUUGCUCCAGGUUUUGCAGGGGGUUCUGCUAAUUACUCUUGUAUUCUUGUACAUUUUGUUCUUUCUGCUGCUCUUGAAUAUUGUAUCAAUGCCAGAAAUGGGGAAGUAAAAAAUGAACCCCAAUAAAUUGUUACAUUCCAAA